GGGCACGUUUCUCGAAUAUAUUUGAUGAUUUCAAGAAGUUUCAACAGAGAUUUGUUGAUGCCAUGGACAAAGCUGCUAUGAAAAAUUUCAAGGAGGAAAAUGGUUAUAGGGAAGAAAGGAUGUCUGCAAUCCAAGCAAUCAAAUCAAUUUCAAAAUGGUUAUAUUGGAAACCACCCAAUGCGGGAGGUUCCAUGUCAGAAUGUCAUCAAAACUUGACACACAUUCCGCAAAAGUCGAAGGAACAAGACAUUAACAAGCUCCAAGAUGCUGUUGCUGCUCGAAAACAGGCAAGAAAUAGCUUGAGAACAAUCAGCAGCUGGAAUCAAACAGUUGGUAUCACGACGGGUACUAGAUUCCCUCAAGACAAGCCCUUCCUGCCUCAAUUGAUGGUUUCACUGAUACUUCUAAAGUUGCUUCAAAGCCUCUGCAUACCAUAAAAUUGAAGGAAAAAGAUAACCAAGUUCACAAUAAACAUGGAAAAGAAAGGAGAAACAGCUUUGAGUGGGGACUUCCAGUGAUGACGUUAACAAUUGCUGCAUUUAGUUAUAGUACGAUUACAAGUUGCAGGCACAAUGGUUAGUGAAGGAGAAGAACAUAUAGGUGGUUCUUUGGCGUUAACAAUAGUUAAUAGCUCUUGGAUGCAGGUUAUACUAGCAGGGAUUACAUGGUAUUGCAUUGGAAUUGCAAUAGUAGAAUUAGUAGAAACUCUUCGGAAUAGGUGAGAGAAGUAUACAAAGAAAGGACACUGUUAAUGAAAACAACUUCAUUUG